GAAUCAAUGGAUGUAGAGGCAGUUGUCUCUGUGGUGAUACAGAAACUCACAGACCUGCUCAUUCAAGAAUCAAUCAUCUUCAACAAGGCGACUGAUGAGGUAGAGCUGAUCAGAAUAAGCCUGAGACAGAUGCAAAACUUCUUAAGAGAUGCAGAAGAUAAAAAGGAACGCGAUGAUGAUGUUAAGAAGUGGGUGAAAGAAUUUCUUGCUGUUGUUUACAAGGUGGAGGAUGCAAUUGAAACAUUUGUCCUCUGGAGAAUGCAUAUAAGGAGAAUAGGCUUCAGUAGGAGGCACUUUUUCAUUCACAAGAAGUUGAAGGCUGGUACAGACCUUCGUAAUGAGAUGAAGGAGGUCAAGAAGAAGAUCAAGGAGCUUGACGAUAAGUGGAAGCAGAGCGUUCAGAAAUCACACCAUGGUGAUCCCCCCAGCCCCAGGAAUGAGGAAUCUUCAAAUGUGGGCCCAUCAAGCUAUCAAGCUGAAGGGCUAACACAGAAUCAGCAAGCCAGUUCUAGCUAUUCUGUGGAUGAAGAAUCAGGCAUUAUUGGCUUCAAAGAGCUUGACGAUAAGUGGAAGCAGAGCGUUCAGAAAUCACACCAUGGUGAUCCCCCCAGCCCCAGGAAUGAGGAAUCUUCAAAUGUGGGCCCAUCAAGCUAUCAAGCUGAAGGGCUAACACAGAAUCAGCAAGCCAGUUCUAGCUAUUCUGUGGAUGAAGAAUCAGGCAUUAUUGGCUUCAAAGAGGUUGAAAGAAAGCUGAUGAGCAGGCUAACUGACACUUUCGACCGACGCCGGGACGUCAUCUCAAUUGUAGGCGCAGUUGGCUCCGGCAAGACUACCCUUGCAAGGGGAAUAUAUAACAGUAGUAAGAUUAAAGGUCAUUUUGACUGCCGCGCAUGGGUUUCUGCCUCUGGGAACCUUACAGAUGUCCUCCGAAGCAUUCUGGAGCAGACUGGGAAUUCAACGGUUGAUAAGGAAUCUAACCACCGAGAAGAAUUGGUAAAGAAGCUCCGUGAGAAUUUGAAGAAGAAACGGUACCUGGUGGCGUUAGACGAUGUGCGGAGACUCGAUGUAUUGAAGGACCUGCGUGACGCCUUGCCAAAAGAAACUAAUUGUAGCAGGGUGCUGUUGACUACUAGCAACGACGACGUCGCUACGCUUGCAAAUCCAAUGCGAUCGCCUUAUCAGCUCAAACCGCUAGAAGAUGAGGACGCAUGGAAUUUGUUCCUGAAAAAGGUACGCUUCCAAUUACCAGAUGAUUUUCAGUUCUCUGAUUCGAACAUAUUAAAAAAUGCUCAUCAAAAAACAUUAGCAAUAUCCGAGCUCAAAAGAAAAGUUAUAACAAGUUGCAAGGGCUUACCUCUGGCAAUCGUGGUGCUUGGAGGUUUUCUGUCGACCAAAAGUGCGAGCUUCCAAGAAUGGUCGAAAGUUCUUGACCACCCAAGUUGGCAGCUUGAGGGAAAUGAAGUCCAGGUCUCAAAAAUCUUGGCCUUAAGUUACAAUGAUCUACCCUUCUACUUGAGGCUUUGCCUGCUUUAUUUUGGGCGUUUCCCAAAAGGCUACGAAAUUUCAAUGAGAAAGAUACAACGUUCAUGGCUUAAAGAAGGGUUUGUAAAGCAGUCACCUGAAAGGGCUCCAGAGGCAGAGGAUAUGGUAGAAAGAUAUCUGGGAGAACUUUUAAACCGAGAGAUGAUUCAAAUAACAACACGGAGAAAAGAUGGGAGUGACGAAAGAUACUGUCUGCGUGGCGAGCUAUAUGAUAUCAUCUUGCCAAAGGUAAAAGAUACUGGCCUUUUCGACAUCCACGGAAAUGCUUUGGAUCUUGGAACAGAUGCACUUUCAGGCUAUCAAGAUAAAGGGCCGACACAGAAUCAGCAAAACAAUCCUAGCUCCGUUGAUGAUGAAUCAGACGUCAUUGGCUUCAGGGACCACAACAGAAGGCUGAUGAACAGGCUAACACACACUUCCUACCGACAUAAUCUGGACGUCAUAUCAAUUGUAGGCGAGGUUGGCUCUGGCAAGACUACCCUUGCAAGGGGAAUAUAUAACAGCAGUGAGAUUAAAGGUCAUUUUAAUCCCUGCGCGUGGGUUUCUGCCUCUCAGAACCUUACAGAUGUCUUCCGGAGCAUUCUGGAGCAGACUGACAAUUCAACGGUUGAUAAGGAAUCUACCCAAGAAGAAUUGGUAAAGAAGCUCCGUGAGAAUUUGGAGAACAAACGGUACCUGGUGGUGUUGGAUGAUGUGCAGACACCAGAUUUUCUAACAAACCUGCUUGACGCCUUGCCAGAAGAAAGUAAAGGUUGCAGGGUGCUGUUGACUACUAGCAACGAAGACGUCGCUAGGCUUGAAGAUCCAUUGCCUUAUCAGCUCAAGCCGCUAAAAGAUGAGGACGCAUGGAAUUUGUUCAUGAAAAAGGUGCGCUUACCAGAUAAUGUUGAGUUCUCUUAUGUGGAAAUAGUGGAGCUAAAAGAAAAAAUUAUAAAUAGAUGCAAGGGUUUGCCUCUGGCAAUAGUGGUGCUUGGAGGUUCUCUGUCGACCAAAAGUGCGAGCUACCAAGAAUGGUCAAAAGUUCUUGACCACCCAAGUUGGCAGCUUGAGGGAAAUGAGUCAAAUGACGUCCAGUUCUCGAAAAUUUUGGCCUUGAGUUACAAUGAUCUGCCCUUACACUUGAGGCCCUGCCUGCUUUAUUUUGGGCUUUUCCCAAAAGAAAAGAAAAUUCCUGUGAGAAGGUUAUUGCGUUUAUGGCUUGCAGAAGGGUUUGUAAAGCAGUCACCUGCGAUGACUCCAGAGGAUAUGGUGGAAAGCUAUCUAGAAGAACUUGUAAACCGGAACAUGAUUCAAAUAAAAACACGGAGAAAAGAUGGGAGUCCCAAAACUUGCCUUAUGCCUGGUGCCCUGCACGAUAUCUUCUUGUCAAAAGCAGAAGCUAUUGGCCUUCUCCACACCCACCGAACUAUUUUAGAUAAUGAAACAGCUGCAUCGCCGAAGAUUAGUUUUCGCCGGGUUGCUGAGCAUGGUGACAUCAAAGAGUACCCCCGCAAGAAACCAUCAUAUGGUAAACAUUUGCGCUCUUACUUGUCUUUCAACAUUCAAACGAUAGAUAUGCCCGCCAAGGAAAUAGGGAGCUUUCUCAACGAAGUCAUUGAUCGUCGAGGAUUUGGAUUGCUCAGGGUGCUUGAUCUAGAGGGUGUAUACAAACCCAAAUUGCCCGAGAAUCUUGGGAAACUAUAUCACUUAAGGUUCUUGGGUCUAAGAUGGACCUUCUUGGAUACUCUUCCCCGCUCUGUUGGUAAGCUGCCCUACCUCGAGACCUUGGAUGUGAAGCACACCUAUAUAAGCUCUCUACCCAAAUCUAUUUGGAAGAUGAAACACCUUCGGCAUCUGUGUCUGAAUGAAAUUCGCCUUGAUAUGUCUGUGCAAAAGCAUCACCGUUCUCUUACUCAGCUCCAGACAUUAUGGGGAUUAUUUGUGGACAAGAGAAGUCCAGUGAAGAAUGGUUUGAAUGGGAUAAUCAAUCUAAGGAAACUGGGUCUGACAUAUCAUUUGGACUCCGCUCAAGAAUUAAAUGAGUGGAUUGCAAGACUGGCAAGUCUUCAAUCUUUGAGAUUAAGAUCCAAGGACGGAAGUGGUCGACCUUCAAUGCUCGAAUUAAAGCCUCUAUCAAGCCUUGAGAAUCUCACCAACCUUUAUUUGCUUGGAAACUUACACAAGAUGCCUGAGAGGUAUGAAUUCCCUCCGAAACUAACAGUUCUUACUUUGUCGAUAUCAAAGCUGGAAAAAGAUCCCAUGCCAAUCCUAGCGCAGCUGCCAAGUCUUUCUGUCCUGAGGCUAUUGGCCAAUUCCUACACUGGCAAGGAAAUGGAGUGCCCUAGUGAAGGCUUCAUUGCACUUCGCAUACUGAAGCUUUGGAUGCUAGAGAAAUUGGAAAAAUGGACGGUGGAGGAAGGAGCAAUGCAAAACCUCCAAGAUUUAGAAAUCCGAUCUUGUCACGAGCUAAAGGAGCUUCCAAACAAGUUGCUAAAUCUAAGCAACAUUCAGGAAAUAAUUUUGACAGACAUGCCAGAGGGAUUUGCAGACAACGUUCAAGUCGACGAGCACAAGAAAAAAAUAAUCACCACCAGAAAGUCUCCAGUGUGAAGCAGGAGAUAAGUGUGACUUAUGCUAAAAGCAUGGAAGACAACCCGAUUCAAGGAGCUGCCACCCGAACGAACACCCUUCCCGUGGUUGUUAAGAGAGCGCUGCUCUACAUCAUAUUAGAAACAUUCAGUGAUUGUUCAAUUUGUUUGACGUGCUUGUACUAGAUUUCAUUUAUAUCAUAAUUGUUAUCCAAUCGAG